UACGGCCCGGCGGCGAUGGCGGAGGGAGAGCGAGCGGAGAACGGCGGCGGCGGAGGGAGCUCCGGGCGGCCGCCUCAGGAGGGCGAGCCGGGGGCGCUGGAGCGGGCCGAGGCCCUCAAGACGCAGGCCAACGACUUCUUCAAAGCAAAGGACUACGAGAAUGCCGUGAAGUAUUACACCCAGGCUAUUGAACUGAACCCCACCAACGCCAUCUACUAUGGCAACCGGAGCCUGGCCUACUUGCGGACGGAAUGCUACGGCUACGCCCUGGCCGACGCCACCAAGUCCAUCGAGCUGGACAAGAAGUACAUCAAAGGCUAUUACAGGCGGGCCACCAGCAACAUGGCCCUGGGCAAGUUCAAGGCAGCCUUGCGGGACUAUGAGACGGUUGUCAAGGUGAAGCCGAACGACAAGGAUGCUAAGAUGAAGUAUCAGGAGUGCAAUAAGAUUGUGAAGCAGAAGGCUUUCGAGCGGGCCAUCGCCAGUGACGAGCACAAGCGGUCUGUGGUUGACUCCCUGGACAUAGAGAACAUGACUAUUGAGGACGAGUACAGUGGCCCGAAGCUGGACAACGGGAAAGUGACGCUUGCAUUCAUGAAGGAAUUAAUGCAGUGGUACAAGGAUCAAAAGAAGCUUCACAGGAAAUGUGCCUAUCAGAUCUUGGUGCAAGUGAAAGAGGUGCUAUCAAAACUCCCCACCCUAGUAGAAACUACGUUAAAAGAGACAGAGAAAAUCACUGUCUGCGGAGACACCCACGGACAGUAUUACGACCUCCUGAAUAUAUUUGAAUUGAACGGGCUGCCGUCGGAAACGAAUCCAUAUAUAUUCAACGGGGACUUUGUCGAUCGUGGCUCCUUCUCCGUGGAGGUGAUACUGACGCUCUUUGGUUUUAAGCUGCUGUAUCCGGAUCAUUUCCACCUACUUCGAGGGAACCACGAAACGGACAAUAUGAACCAGAUCUAUGGGUUUGAGGGAGAGGUCAAAGCCAAAUACACAGCCCAGAUGUUUGAGCUCUUCAGCGAGGUCUUUGAGUGGCUACCUCUGGCGCAGUGCAUCAACGGCAAAGUCUUGAUAAUGCACGGUGGCCUCUUCAGUGAAGAUGGCAUAACGUUAGAUGAUAUCAGGAAGAUCGAGAGGAAUCGGCAACCUCCAGAUUCGGGCCCCAUGUGCGACUUACUCUGGUCAGACCCUCAACCCCAGAACGGCCGGUCCAUCAGCAAGCGUGGCGUGAGCUGCCAGUUUGGGCCCGACGUCACCAAAAGCUUCCUCGAGCGCAACCAGCUAGAUUACAUCAUCCGCAGCCACGAAGUCAAGCCCGAAGGGUAUGAGAUGGCCCACGAUGGCAAGUGCGUCACUGUCUUCUCUGCCCCCAACUACUGUGACCAGAUGGGCAAUAAGGGUUCGUACAUCCACUUGCAAGGCUCAGACCUGCGGCCGGAAUUCCACCAGUUCACAGCAGUGCCUCAUCCGAACGUCAAGCCAAUGAUGUAUGCCAAUUCGCUGCUGCAAAUGGGGAUGAUGUAAGCUGCCCUCCACCUCUGCCAGCUUGCCCCCCCCCUUCUUGCCAGGAGACCCCUGCGCUAGGCAAACAACAAAUCCCCUCCCUCCCUCCCUCCCUUUUU